UUCUCUCUCUCUCUCUCUCUCUCUCUCUCUCUCUCUCUCUCUCUCUCUCUCCAAAUCUUUGGCUCCAAUGGCUUCGGUAGAUUUGGAAGAGAUUCCAUCGGAGACUGUACAGAAAGUGGAAGUAGUUUGGAUUCCAUCGAAGAUGAGCGAGAAGAGUAACAAGAAGAAGAAGAAGGACAAAAACGGUGCGUAUCGUUAUUAUAUGUCGAAGUUAGGAUUUGGAUGUGUGAGACUGAGAACAGAGUAUGAUAAGGAAGGCAAUUUUGAUAUGGAAGUUGUUGAUGGAGAUGGACAGCGUCGCAAUCCUACUCACCUUGUUAUAACGGUUAACGGUCUCGCUGGCAGUGCUGAAAAUUGGAGAUAUGCUGCAAAGCAGUUUUUGAAGAAGUAUCCUGAAGAUGUUAUAGCUCACUGCAGUGAAUGUAAUCCUUCAAAGUUGACAUUCGAUGGUGUUGAUAAUAUGGGAGAUAGAUUAGCAGAAGAGGUUAUAUCAGUUAUAAAACGUCACCCAGGAGUUCAGAAGAUUUCAUUUGUAGGUCAUUCAUUGGGUGGCCUGGUAACAAGGUAUGUGAUUGCCAAGCUUUAUGGACGAGACGUCAGGAGGGAAUUUGCACAGGAAAAUGGAGAGUGUAGGAGUGAUGGAUCUGGAGAUCCAUGCCCUGAGGAGAAAUUCAAAGGCAAAAUUGCUGGACUGGUGCCGAUGAAUUUUAUAACCUUUGCAACACCUCACCUUGGUUCAAGAGGGCAUAAACAGGUUCCCAUGUUUUGUGGCUUUUAUACCAUGGAAAAAGUAGCAUCCCGGGCAUCUUGGUUGCUUGGUAGAACUGGAAAACAUCUAUUUUUAACUGACAAAGAUAAUGGAAAACCUCCCCUUCUUCUUCAGAUGGCUAAUGAUUGUGAAGAUCUUAAAUUUGUAUCUGCUUUGCAGUCCUUCAAGCGUCGUGUCACCUAUGCAAAUGCACGAUAUGACCAACUUGUGGGAUGGAGUACAUCAUCUCUACGGCGACAAGAUGAGCUCCCAAAGCAUUGCCAUCAUUCUAAAGAUGACAAAUACCGGCAUAUUGUAAAUGUGGAGACAGCAGAAACUUCCAGUCGACAACAAGUAGUCCCCUUGGAGGACAAAGUCAAUGGAUUCAAGAACAUUGACUUAGAAGAGGAAAUGUUAAGAGGUUUGACUAAAACAAGCUGGGAACGGAUUGACGUUAACUUCAGUGGAACUAAACAAAGAUAUCUUGCGCACAGUACCAUUCAGGUGAAUAGAUACCGUAUCAAUUCUGCUGGGGCUGAUGUGGUCCAUCACAUGAUUGACAAUUUUCUCUUGUAAUAGCUACCAACUUGUUAUUAUGUGUAUGUCUGGUUUGAGUUGCUGAUUGCCUAUUGCCUAUUGGCUUAAUAUCGUUCCUGUCCGGGGUUAUUAUAGAGUUAUAGGGAAGGGAGAAGGGAUUUAGAUGUUCCAGGUGAUCUUGGCAUGACUUGGAAGUUCAAAAAUCCCGAAGGGUUUAAAAGGGGUUAGACAGGCUGUGUGAGUGAAAUUUUAGGUAUAAUGUUGUUAGUUCUAUUUACCAUCACAGAGAGAGGAAGUUAUCCCAAAAGACAAGCCAGUAAAUAUACACGCGAAUGUGAUAGUUUAAGUUAAUGCUGUGGCAGGGAAGAGAGAGAGAGGGCGUAAUCCCAAAAGAGAAGCUAGUACACACGUAUGUAAACAGUUUAAUAAGUUUUUUUUUUUUUUUUUUUUUUUUUUGGGUAAUUGGUUUAUAGGGGGAUCAAACCCCCGAGCUUGAUAAAGGCACUAAGGCCCGGGUACCACUCAGGCACAAGGCCCGGUGGUGUAAACAGUUUAAUAAGUUAAUUCUGUUGUAGAAGGGUAAUUUUACCGUAUUCUUACAGUACUCACUAGCAGGUAACCUACCUGCUAUACCAGGUUAUCAAAACACCGAAUUUGAUGGUACCAUCCUCACAUUUUAUAAUAGUAACAUCACAUGUGACUGCACUUUUGUCACAUUUGGCAGUUCCUUUAUUUUUUCUCACAUUUGAUGAUACCAUUUUCACGUUAUGCAAUAUCAACAUCACAUGUAACUGUACUUUUGUCACA